AUUGUGUCGUCAGUGUAAUUAUUCUGUUUUAUUUCUAUAGCAGUAAAGUGUUACUCACGGCUGUACAGCAGGUAAGCCACAUGGAACACAAGUAGGGUUGCCACCUGGCCGGUACAAAUGAAAAGGUGGCAACCCUACACAUGAGAAAAUAGCCAUCCAUGUGGAGAAAUGCACAGGUCUGUGGGGGUUAAAGUGGAAAGCAGUAAAACAUGUGCCUGGCCAGACUUGUGCUGCUGAUACACUCACUGACUCACUGCCAGAUCACACCCGACUUGCGUGGAAAUCUAUCUUUAUACCAGCUGUCAGUCUGGGCCACUAUGUAUAACAUACAGCCACUAUUAGUCUAUUUGCUGAUGCCAUUUUUCACUUUCAACCCGAAUCCUUUGCGCGGGAAAUGCGUUAUUUGCCGGUGCCUCCCCCUCAUUCCCAUCUAUUGACACGUUUCCAAUAGGAAAUACAGUCCGACAGCUCCGAGGCGGAGAUUCCCAGCGCUUUUGCCGCUAACAGAGCGUCACCCUCCCCCCCUGCUUUCCUGCCCAUCAUCAACCUGCACCGAGCAAUGUGGGAGAGUCCAAUCCCUUUGUGAGGGAGAAGAAAGCCGUGUGUGCGUGAGCGAUAGCUCAAUGAACCGUUUGAAGCUCACACAAGUUGAAAUAGGAGAACAAUAUGCCCCGAGAAGCCAAGCCUUCCCCUCCUCCCUCCCUCUGACACUGUCUUGUGCUUCUUCCCCUCCCCUUGGCUGCAAAGGAACAGCUGAAGCAGCCGGGCUUGUGGCCACCUCAGUAAGGGAACUCCGCAGUGCUAGUGCAGCCCGUCCUCCCAUCCUUCAGCGCCCGGCUCUAAUUGGCUUCUUGUUCGGCGAGUAUUAAGCAGGUACAGAGGUGAGCAGGAAUAAUGACCCCGCAUGGAUAGGAUAUUCCGCUUCGGCUCUUGGAUUUCUCUCACAGGUUUUCAGCAGCACAGCCGUGUACCUUCCCAUUCAGUGUCGAUUCCCUGUCUUCUCCGCGUUCUCGCUAUCUCAAGCUGCUCGUGCAGUGAUCUUGCAGCAUGGAGGGAGGGACCGAUGCUGCUGCCUUUGCUGCUUUUCCCAGUAUCCACGCAGUUCCUUCGACUUCUGGCAGGAUGGUAACGGGAUCCAAGCUGGACGAAUUAGAAAGAGCAUGCUAUGUUGAGGCCCAGUACAUCUUUAUGGCUGACCAUCCGAUUUUAAUCAGACCAGUUAGAAUUGCACCAAGCUAAACAGAUCGCAGAACGAAAAACCCACUGAAUUGUUUUACAUUCAGAUGUGAAUUCUAACAAUGUGAUGCAACUUGAUCUGAAUAAUGAAGUCUUCACUGCACUUAGAAGAGGAUGAUUUUGUACCCGAGUUGCCAAGGAGCAUCCAUCCCCGGGAGAGGCCAGACUGGGAGGAGACAAUUAGUGCUAUGGCACGAGGGGCAGACAUUACAGUCCCAGGAGAAAUACAGAUACCUGCAGAACUUCCUCUCCGCUCCUGUGGUAGUACUGCCAGCAUGAAGGUGAAAAAUGUCAAGAAGUUAUCCUUCACCAAAGGACAUUUCCCUAAACUCGCAGAAUGUGCACAUUUCCACUAUGAAAAUGUAGACUUUGGCAGCAUACAGCUUACACUCACAGAAGAUCAAAAUGAAGUGAACAGAAAUGGCUGUGAAUCCAAGGAACUUGUUUUUCUAGUGCAGAUUGCUUGUCAGGGCCGAAGCUGGAUAGUUAAGCGGAGUUAUGAAGAUUUUCGGGUUCUGGAUAAACAUCUUCAUCUGUGCAUAUAUGACAGGCGCUUCUCUCAGCUCUCAGAGCUGCCCCGUUCCGACUCCGUGAAGGACAAUCCAGAGUUGGUCACACAGAUGCUGAUGGCUUACCUAUCACGCCUUUCAGCCAUAGCAGGUAACAAGAUCAAUUGUGGACCAGCCCUGACGUGGAUGGAGAUCGAUAACAAAGGCAAUCAUUUGCUUGUGCACGAAGAGUCCUCCAUAAAUGUUCCAGCAAUCGCUGCUGCCCAUGUAAUAAAGAGAUAUAAUGCUCAGGCCCCAGAUGAACUCUCUUUCGAGGUGGGAGACAUAGUCUCUGUAAUUGACAUGCCACCAAAAGAACUGACCACAUGGUGGAGGGGAAAGCAUGGAUUUCAAGUGGGCUUCUUUCCAAGUGAAUGUGUGGAAUUAAUAAAUGAUAAAGUACCCCAGUCUAUGACAAACUCUGUGCCUAAACCAGUCUCCCCCGCGCAUGGAAUGAGGCCGGCCUCCUGGAGCUACUUCCCCCCCUAUUUGGAGAUGGAUAGUGUAAGGCCCGGAACAUCGUGCUAUUCUGAGGUAUUAAAUCACUCCCAGCUAAGCUCAGUGUCCCGGAAGCACGGCAAGCUCAUCACAUUUCUAAGAACCUUCAUGAAGUCCAGACCCAGCAAACAGAAACUGAAGCAGAGAGGGAUCCUGAGGGAGCGAGUAUUUGGCUGUGACCUUGGGGAACAUCUGCUUAACUCCGGGCAGGAUGUCCCCCAAGUCCUCAGGAGUUGUACGGAGUUUAUAGAAAAGCAUGGUGUUGUUGAUGGAAUCUACCGUCUGUCUGGGAUCGCAUCUAACAUCCAGAAACUACGUCAUGAAUUUGACUCUGAACAGAUUCCAGACCUAACUAAAGAUGUGUACAUCCAGGACAUCCACUGUGUUGGCUCUCUCUGCAAACUAUACUUCCGGGAACUCCCAAACCCUCUCCUCACAUAUCAAUUGUAUGAAAAAUUCUCUGAUGCUGUGUCAGCGGCCUCCGAUGAAGAGAGACUAGUGAAAAUUCAUGAUGUUAUCCAACAGCUUCCCCCACCUCAUUACAGAACACUGGAGUUCCUUAUGCGGCACUUAUCAAGACUUGCAACAUACUGCUCCAUCACCAAUAUGCACACUAAGAAUUUGGCAAUCGUUUGGGCCCCCAACCUGCUCCGGUCAAAACAGAUUGAGUCUGCAUGUUUCAGUGGUACUGCAGCUUUCAUGGAAGUACGCAUACAGUCUGUGGUAGUAGAAUUUAUCCUAAACCAUGUGGAGGUUCUCUUUAGUGCUAAGCUUAGUUCUGUGAUACGGGAAGGAGCAGGUCACACUUCUUUGUCCCGACCCAAGUCGCUGUUGGUGUCUUCUCCAUCUACAAAGCUACUUAGUCUUGAAGAGGCUCAAGCAAGGACACAGGCACAAAUCAAUUCCCCUGUUGUGGGUGACAGCAGGUACAUUGAGGUGGGCGAGGGACCAGCUGCUUUGCAGGGCAGAUUCCACACUGUAAUAGACUUCCCUUCUGAAAGAAAAAGACCACCAAGUAAAAUGAAAAAAUCUCCUGUUGGAAGCUGGCGUUCUUUUUUUAACAUAGGCAAAUCUUCGUCUUCAUCAUCCAUGUCUAAACGCAAACUACAGCGAAAUCCAAGUGAGCCUUUGGAAAUGAAGUCCAUGGCAUUUGCAGGUGGAAGAGAUAGCAGCGCCAUGCGUUCAGCUAAAAGUGAGGAGUCUCUCAGUUCCUUGCAUGCAGCAGAUGGAGAGUCAAAGCUGUUUCGUCCACGUCGCCCUCGUUCCAGCAGCGAUGCUCUGUCUGCUUCAUAUAAUGGGGACCUUCUGGAUAGCUGCAACCGCUGCAACUCCUAUGAUAAUCUGCCCCGUGACCAUGAUAGCGAUGGGGAUGAGGGUUUGAUUCAUGUCCCUGCUAUGCUGUCAGGACGCUCUCCGGAGGAUGAGGAUCUCAGCCCACCAGACAUUGGUAUGGCCACUUUGGACUUCGACCCAAUGUCUUUUCAGUGCAGCCCUCACCAGCUGGACUCUGAAGGACCAGACAAUUUUUUUCAGCUUGACAUUUUUGCUAGCAAUGGCAAGGAUAAGUUGCAAAGUGGUUCACAAAACCCAGGCAGUGUCACCGGCUGUGAACCUCUCUCUCCUUUCCAAGACAAGGUUAUUAGUCCAUUUCUAUCUCCCGACCGCAGUCCUAGUACAGAUAAAGUAUCCAAAACUGCAUCAUUUGCAGAAAAAUUUGUGCAGGCCUUGUCACCUAAAAUGGGGCGUAAAGCAGUUCGAUCUCCUCCAUUAACCAUCUCAGAUCCUGUCAGCAUCUCUCUCCCUAGUCGGGUAUCAGAAAUGAUUGGAAGUAUGCCAGGCAAUUCUGCUGCCUCCCAGUCAAUUAUUUGGAACAGAGAAAGUAGUACCAAUUCUAGAGAAUCUGAAACAUAUUAUGGUUGUAAAUUGGUGGAUGCCAACCUUUCAUCCUCGUCCGCAACAGCAGAUCCAUGGUCUACAGUUACUCCUGUAAUUACUUGUAACCAGGAUGGGAGAGAAGAUGAAGCAGGAAUAUUUACUCACGGAUUUCCACAGCCUCUGGAGAGUAGUGACUUGGAAUAUAUAGAAAAUUACAACCUGGAACUUGGUACUACAAAUGUAGCUGCAGCAUAUCAGAACGAUGAUACAGAAUUGUCGAGAGCAAAUCAGAACAAAGCUCAUCCUCCUAAUUCCCCUCAAGGAGCUUCUGCCUCAGAAUCUCCCCAAGAACUGUCCCAUGUCAGUAGUGUUUCUAUCAUUCCACCUCCACCUCCUCCAAAGAAUCCUGCACGGAUGCUGGCAUUAGCAUUGGCUGAAUCUGCUCAACAGGCAUCUGCCAAUAAAAAACCUUCUUUUAUGCAGUUCAUGGAUCUGCCCCCUCCACCAUCAGUACCAGAGGACAAACCACUUCUUGAGUUCUCACCAAAAAUGUCUCCAGAGCCACUGCGAUCUGGUCCUGCAACACCAGCGGCCAGUCCUCCAGUCAUAUCUAGGAAAACAUCUCCAGCUACUCCACCAAGCACAACUUCAUCAUUUUCUGUUACAACAAUCCAUCACAGUCCUGUGAAAAACUAUAAUCCUCUGGCAGGACAGAUGCCUACAGCAGUCACUCCUGGACUUAGUCCUUCAUCAAACCAGGUUUUUGCUUCAGUUCCUGACAUGCUACAUUCUGAAACUAUUAAAAUGAAUUCGAUCAUACCAAGUGAAGCAUUUACUACUGGAAUUCCGGUCACCCCACCCACUGAAAAAACCAAGGAAAGUUCUAGAGCACCACAUCUUCACCAACGAUCUGAAUCCUUCCCUUCACACCCUGCAUACAGCACUGCAAAGCCCACUCCACCAGUUAGAACAAUGGAUAGUCGACUGGCAACUGCCAUGCAUUCCAACUUCAAUGAUUCUAUCACUGCUAAUAACUAUCACUCCUUCCUGAACACCAUGAUGCUCCCUUCUUCUCUAGAGGAUGCAUUACCCAGACACAAUUAUUCUCCUCACCUCAAGACAGGGAAUAUAGAUGAGGAGGGAGUUAAUUACAGACAAACAUAUCUAUCCCACAAUAAGCAAGAUGACCCAGCUGAUUUGGGAGAUUUAUACAGACAGCCAUAUAUUUCUCCUGGCAAGUCUGAGAAUGCAGAGAUAGGAAAUGCUUACCGUCACCCAUAUCCUUCCAAUACUGAGUCAGAGAGUCUGAAGGAGCCACUAGAACCUUUUCUGCAUCACAAACCAGCAGUUGCUCCAAAGACAUACAGAGCAGAAACACUUCUACCACAUAUCCCUCCUCAAGUUUAUGGUUCAAGAUGUGAUACUCCAUCCUCAGCAUUUUAUGGCACCUACAUAAAUCAGGCCAAACACCCCCGCUCCAGAAACAAACCUGAUUAUAUGUCUUCUAUGAGCCCAGGUGUCCGUAGCUACACAGAAGACACUUCGUCCUACCCUACUAUUCGAAGGGUACAGUCUCUGCAUGUGCCUAUGCAAACUCUACCACCCCCUAUCCGCACUGUUCCAAUUUCAAGAACAGAGGUUCCUCCAGAUGAUGAUCCAGCAUACUGCCCACGACCGCUUUAUCAAUACAAACAAUGCCCACCAUUUAACUCUCAGUCAGAUUACCAUGUUACCCAACUACAGCCUUACUUUGAGAAUGGACGAGUUCAUUAUCGCUACAGUCCCUAUUCAGGGGGCCCAACUUAUUUCUCAUCAGAUAGCAAUUUCUAUGAUAUGGACCCCUAUGGCACCUUACGCCUGCGACAACUUCCUCUCUACCCAAGUCGGGACUUUGCUUCUUACACCACAAGAUUGCAGCCCAAAGCCACAUAUCGGUCACAAGGAUUACCUCCAUAUCCCAGAGGAACUCUACGGGAACACAAUUUUAUCAGUAGAGAUGUUCCUCCUGCACUACCACCAGAACAUCCACGACCUCUUCACAUUUCUUGGGACAUGGAAGAUAUGGACAGAUACAGACUGCAAUCCCUGCGGCGUGAAAACAAGGCACGGCAGAGAGCUAAAGGACCAGUAAUGUCUCAGUAUGAUAAUGUCACACCAUCCUUAGUAGAGGAUGUAGCUGGCUUAGAUGUGAUUCAUCUGCGAAGCCGUUCUGAUCCUGGCAAGACUCCUGGUCUAUUAAGUGUGGCAGAGACUAAAGAUGUCCGUUACCCAGGAAGGACAGAAGGUGACGAGCGUACAACAUAUCCACCUCCUGUUUUUGGAAAUGGCCAUCAAGAUAAGCCAUCUCUUCCUCAAAAGCAAAGUGGAUCAAGCAGGAGUCGAAUGCAACAUGAUAUAUCAACUGAGCAGCAUUCUCAAGAUACUUUGCACCGGCAGCCCUCAGAGGGAAGAAAUGGUCCCCCAAUUCCUCCUGUGGACUACAACGCCAAAGGAAUGCCAAAUCCCCCAGACCCUACAUCAUAUCAUUCCUCUGCAAACAAAUAUAACUUGACACAACAGGAGCCUAUGAGACUUAAUCACAAAGAGCUCCGGCUCACUGAAGAUAUUGAAAGUUCACAUACCAGACCAGCUGACAACCAACACCGUGACUGUUACAGGGAGGAGCAGGCUCAGUUUGCCUCUGUUGUACCUCCUCCUAAGCCAGAGAGGAGCCAUAGCCUCCGAGCUCAUAAUCCAGCUGUUUUAGAAAGAGACCCUAGUAUCUUCUACCCCUACCAAACACUUCAUGCCAAGAGGCAAAGCACUAUUAAUACAGUCUCCCAGUAUGAUAAUCUAUCUGAUUACCAUUCUAUACCCCAUCAUAGAACCACUAACCAGUCUACUCCAAAUGCCUUUCCCCUCCCACAUGGACGGACCUAUUCCACUGCCCUGGGCCAGGGUGCCUUUCUAGCUGCUGAACUUGCCUUGCAAAGGCCUGAGACAAAAAUCCAUGUGGAAUGAGCUGCUGCCAGCAUGGAAGUGACUUUUACAGGGGUUUAGGAAUGGGAGAGCUAGAUGUGGAGAGGACUUCAUUCUUUUUAGGCAGACCCCUGCUGGACAGUGGACUGUUUUAUUUUUUCAAAAGACAAAAAAAAUGUAAAAAAGUAAAAGACAACCAAAACCUAGAAGAUACAUAAAAUAUCUGACACACAACAUACAUGCACCCACUUCAUUGUUAGAACUGUUUUUAUGUUGUAAUCCGUGAUGUCAUUAUCCUGUACCAUUUGUCCCUCUUGGUGUCCUUCCUGAGUGUUAGCAGGAAGGCAAAGAGGAAUAAAGGACUCCUAUUUAAUCCUUAUUUGCU